AUCAUCCAUGAAAAGAUGCGGCUAUUUUCACAUCGAAUGAUCCACAAAUUCUGAAUCAUUUACUCAAUUUUUUGUUGUUGUUAUUGUUAUUAGCAUAAAAAUGUCAUUUAUAACAAAGUCACAAAUAUUGAUCUCAAAUAUUGGCCAACGAAAAUUGUUAACAAAUACAACAACAACAAUAAUACGAACAUUUAGCUCAAAAAAUGAUUUAUAUCGUCAAUUAAUAUUUGAAAAAGCAUUUAUUGAUGGAAAAUUUUGUCAAUCUGAAAAUGGUGAAAAAUUUAAUGUUUUAAAUCCAUCGAAUGGUAAACUUAUUGGAAAUGUAGCCGAUUGUACUGUAAAUGAUGUUAAACGUGCUGUUCAAGCUGCCAAACGUUCAUUCAAUGAUCAUUGGUCACAAACAUUGGCCAAAGAUCGUGCACAAUUACUCAAACGUUUAUUUACAUUACAAUUGGAUAAUACUGAACCAUUAGCACAAUUAAUUACGGCUGAAAUGGGUAAACCAAUACGUGAAUCACGUGGUGAAAUAAUGUAUGGUGCUAGUUUUUUGGAAUGGUUUGCUGAAGAAGCACGUCGUAUUCAUGGUGAAAUAUUACAAAGUCCAUGGCCAGAUAAACUUAUUAGUUAUCGAAAAGAACCAUCAGGAACUGUUGCCAUUAUAACACCGUGGAAUUUUCCAAACGCUAUGGUUACAAGAAAAAUGGCUGCAGCAUUAGCAGCUGGUUGUACGGUAGUAAUUAAACCACCCGAAGAUACACCAUUUUCCGUACUUGCAUUAGCUGCCUUAUCAAUAAAAGCUGGCUUUCCACCCGGUGUCAUUAAUAUUGUUCCAGUUUCUCGAAAGAAUACGCAAAAAAUCGGUUCAUAUCUAUGUAAUACAUCGGAUAUAUCAGUCAUAUCAUUUACCGGUUCAACUCAGGUUGGUAAAUGGCUGCUACAGAAUAGUGCUAAUACUGUUAAACGUGUUUGUCUGGAAUUGGGUGGUGAUGCACCAUUCAUCGUAUUUGAUUCGGCUGAUAUUGAUAAAGCUGUACAAGGAUGUAUUGUUUCGAAAUUUCGUAAUGCCGGACAAACAUGUGUAUGUGCAAAUCGUAUAUUUGUUCAGGAUGCUAUUCAUGAUCGAUUUGUCGAUUCAUUAGCUAAACAAAUGCAAAAAGAAUUAAUUGUUGGCGAUGGAUUUGAUGAAAAUACAACGAUUGGACCAUUGAUCAAUGGAAAAGCAAUGGAAAAAGUUAUGACUCAUGUUGAAGAUGCACAAAGUAAAGGCGCAAAAAUAUUGAUCGGUGGUCAUAAACAUGAACAACAAGGUGGAUAUUUUUUUCAGCCAACAUUGAUAACCAAUGCUAAAUCGGACAUGUUGAUCGCACAAGAAGAAACAUUCGGACCAAUUGCAGCUAUUUUCAGAUUCAAAACCGAAAAUGAUGUUAUUCGAAUGGCCAAUGAUUGUCGUCGUGGUUUAGCUGGUUAUUUUUAUUCACAAGAUUAUGCACAAAUCGAAAGAAUUACUAGACGUUUAGAAGUCGGUAUGAUUGGUAUUAAUGAUGGAAUAUUAUCCUGUUGUGAAGCACCAUUUGGUGGUAUCAAAGAAUCUGGUCUUGGUCGUGAAGGUGGUACACAUUUUGGUGUUGAUGAAUUUCUUAAUGUUAAAUAUGUUUGUCAUGGUGGAAUGUUCUAAUCAAUAAUUAUAAUAAUUGCAUAUCAUUAGUAAUUAGUUAAUAUUGUUGUUUUUAAAACUUGUUGUUUUUCUCUCACAAUAUAUUCCAU